UUUUAGCAAAAAUUCGAUCGGUACACUAAUCUUGCAGCCGGAUCUCGUAUUAAAAAUACCGAUGGAUUCUCAAGAAAAAAUUGUUUCAACGGUGAUGAUAGUAAUUGGUAAUAAAAUGAGAGGUUGAAUGAAAGAGAAAAAAAGAGAGAAAGAGAAAGAGAAUACGAGAAUGGAACAAAGGAACGUCGCACAAAAUAACGAGUCUGCGUGAGAAUAAGGAACAUCGUUUCAGUAUAGAGACGUCCAUAGAAAACAAAUCCUACACCACAUACCAUUCCUAGAGAGUCACGUUUUAACAUAGAUCAUAGUAUCUUUGCAAAGUUAAUAUAGAGAAAUAUCUUGUUGAGCUGUAAACGUCCUGCUAGUGCCGUCAUUUUGCUAAAGAACUGAAACAACCUACAAAUUAACUAUCUUGUAUGGCUUGAACUUGCUUACAAGCGAUGCAGCGAUCACAGUACUAAAGACUACCGGUAGUUGGCACAACGAUUCUAUAUAUUGAGUGAACCAUCAAUGAUCAAAUGUAGCAGACAGCUUUGUGAAGCAAUGAAGGUUAUGACGAUGAUCCGUUCUAUAGCUUUCAAUCAAAAUUUACAGCAAGGACUGCUGUCCCUUGCUCGUAAUAAUGGAGCUAUGCUGCCAUUUCCUGUUGUUACAGGAAAUUUGGCUAAACAAUUGAGUACUGCAGUUCAAAAAUCUGAUCCAUCAUUACCACAAAAACCAAAGAAAGAACCAUACAGUCCUUUCCAAAACACCAAUAAUGGAAUUGAAUAUGCUUUAGCCCGAGUAGAUGAUCUCUUAAAUUGGGGUCGCAAAAAUUCAAUCUGGCCAAUGACAUUUGGUUUAGCAUGUUGUGCCGUAGAAAUGAUGCACAUUGCUGCACCUCGUUAUGAUAUGGAUAGGUAUGGUGUUGUUUUCAGAGCAUCACCUAGGCAAUCAGAUGUUGUAAUAGUUGCUGGUACGUUGACCAAUAAAAUGGCUCCUGCACUAAGAAAAAUAUAUGAUCAAAUGCCAGAACCAAGAUGGGUUAUUUCAAUGGGUAGUUGUGCGAAUGGAGGUGGAUAUUAUCAUUACAGUUAUUCUGUUGUUAGAGGAUGUGAUAGAAUUAUUCCUGUUGACAUAUAUGUACCUGGUUGUCCUCCCACUGCUGAAGCAUUGUUAUAUGGAAUCUUGCAACUACAGAAGAAGAUUAAGAGAAUGAAGAUUACACAAAAUUGGUAUAGAAAGUAAUGUAUACAAAAUAAUGCAACUGUAGUAAUAAAUAUAUAAGUUAUUAAAAAU